AUGCGCGGUGACGUAACAAUUAAUGCAUCACUAUCGCUUCAUUCCAGUCCACAACGUCACGGGACGUCAUAUCUCUAUCUCUCUCCCACAGCAUGUGGACGUCCCGCUCAUACCGUUACGCCGGCGUCCUUGGCUGAGUUCUUUCUUGCGCGGGCGCUGCAGGUCGCUCUUAACCCGUUCCGCGCUGUUACCACUAGCUGUGCACGUGUGGUUCAUUCUUUACAUGUGUGUGUUUUUCUACUUGUGUGCGACACACCCGCGCUCUUGUGUGUCUGUGUGCAAGCAUUGAAUUAG